CUAGCUUCAUUCCACAAAGAAAUCAUCUCUCAACUAUGAAGACUCCAAGCAUUUUAUCUCUCACUUUCAUACUUCUUGCCAUCAUUUCGUGCUCUCGAGCAUCAUCUUGUGCUGAUGAUUUCCUUCAAUGUUUGCGCAAACAAUUCAACAACUACUCUUCCAUUUCCAACAACAUCUACACCCCAAUCAACUCUUCUUAUUCAUCUAUCUUGCAAUUAACCAUCCAGAAUCCGAGAUUCGCCUCAGAUCCUACUUCAUCACCGCUUAUCAUCAUCACCCCACAACACGAAUCACAAAUCCCACCUUUAAUCCACUGCGCCCAAGAGACUAAGCUGCAAAUUAGAACUCGAAGUGGUGGACAUGACUUUGAGGGACUCUCUUAUAGAGCACAACUCCCGUUCGUGAUCAUUGAUUUGAUCAAUCUUAGUGACAUAACAGUUGAUGUUGACAGAAAAACGGCUUGGGUCGGAGUUGGCGCAACCAUCGGUUCGUUAUAUUACACGAUCGCGGAGAGAAGUCCGAUUCUUGGGUUUCCUGCCGGCCUUUGCCCAACCGUUGGCCUCGGUGGGUACAUAAGUGGAGGAGGCUAUGGCACAAUGAUGAGAAAAUAUGGUCUGGCUGCAGAUAAUGUUAUCGAUGCCAAAAUAGUCGACGCUAAAGGCAGAAUUCUCGACAGAAAAUCAAUGGGCGAAGAUCUGUUUUGGGCCAUCAGAGGCGGCGGUGGCGCCAGCUUCUGUGUAAUUCUUGCAUGGAAGGUACAACUGGUGGAUGUUCCAAAAAGGGUCACUGUUUUCAGAGUGAGCAGGACGUUGGAACAGAAUGCAACACAACUCAUUCACCGAUGGCAACACAUAGCUCCAAACUUGGACAAAGAUUUGUUCCUCGGAAUCAUGUUAUCAGUGACAAAUUCCACGCAGAGAAGCAGCAUCACGAUCAAUGCUUCUUUUUACUCGUUGUUCCUUGGUGGGAUCGACAGAUUGCUCACGAUGAUGCAAGAAAGUUUCCCUGAGUUAGGGUUAGUGAGAGAAGACUGCGCGGAAGUGAGCUGGAUACAAGCAAUGGUGUUUAUAGCUAGUUUCCCCAUUGAAACUCCGCCACAAGUUUUACUGAACAGAGUUGUGCCCAACACAAGAAAACCCUUCAAAGGAAAAUCGAAUUAUGUGCAAGAACCCAUCCCCGAAUAUGGGCUUGAAGGCCUAUGGAGACUGUUCUAUGAAGAGGAAGCUGGGGCGACUAUGAUACUGAUGUCUCCACUCGGUGGAAGAAUGGCUGAAAUCUCUGAGUCCGCCAUUCCGUUUCCUCACAGAGCUGGUAACCUCUACAAAAUGUUGCAGGUGGUGUUCUGGGAAGAAGACGAGAAUCAAGAUUCAUACAAGUUUAUAAAUUGGGCUAGGAGGCUCGACGCUUACCUGACUCCCUAUGUUUCGAGGUGUCCGAGGGCAGCAUAUGUUAACUACAGAGAUCUCGACCUCGGAGUCAACAACGUCCAUGGAGAAACGAGUUACGCACAAGCCAGCAUUUGGGGCAACAGAUAUUUCAAGAACAAUUUCGAUCGUCUUGUUCGAGUUAAGACUGAGGUUGAUCCCGAAAAUUUCUUCAAGAACGAACAGAGCAUUCCGCCACUGCGCUCAAGGUCUGCAUAGUGAAGGAGCUGGUGGCUGCUUAAAGAUCUAGAAGCUAACAGUUGUCCAUUGUUGUAGUUGCUAAUAAAAACGUGGUUAUGCUACUAAAUGCUUCUGCAAAAUCCUAAUAUACUUGUAGGCAAUUAAAAUUUAUGGCCAAUUAAAUUGUGCCAUGUGAAAAUUAUAAAUUAAAUAUUAAAUUAAAUAUUUUAUUUUA